UCGAUAAGUGAGGAGGUUCGGUGACUAGUACAAACCAGAGCCGUUCUGAAAUUAAAAUAUUAUUCCAUGUGAGGAUAGUAUGACACAAGUUAUUGAUUUAUUGACUUCAAAUGAUCGUGAUUUUUGUAUAAAAACCAAACCUUGAACUUACAAAGCUCAUCAUUUGGCGUCAAAUUCAAGAAGUUGGUGUCGGGCUGUUUCUCUGUACAUCUCAGAGCACACUGUGCCACAUCACCGUUGUCGGUCAGUAUCGAGUUUCUUGUUACUUAUCCAUCCACACAAGUACAACAAUGAAACUUUUGCUGUCAAUACUCGUCAUCACCGUCGCGGUAUCGGUGGUGAGCUCCCGAGCCGUCCUGCCAGUACUGAACGAUCAAGGCACCUUCGUCAGAUCGAACGGGAUGCUAAAACGCGUUGCCCGCGAUGCAGAAUCCAAGCUAAAGUCACUGAUGAAGACCACAGCUCAAGAUACCGAAUGCAGACAUUGCGAGAAACUUGAAGAACUGAAAAAGGCACUUCUCGCCAUUGUUGAAAGCAUAACGUGUCCAGAUGAGCCAGAAGUUCCGUCAGAUUCUUACUUGAGUUCGAACGAUAUUGAUCUUGGAAUCAUCGACAUGUAGAGUCAACUCAAGAUUUGCACUGAAAGUGAUGACGUCACUUGGAUUAUGUCAUGUCUGGAACAACAGUAUGCCUUACUUUGAACUAUCGCAGUUACGUCUGUGAUUUUUAUGUCAAGAGUUUUGUGGGACUUUAAAAUAUUAAUAGCAUCAUGAUUAUUUUGUCCUUAAAUCAUAUCUUCGUUGGGAACACUGGGUAAAUCCAAUCUUCAUAACUAGUUCCCCCAACCCUGAAGUAACCCUCAGAUAUUACAAAAAUGCAGGGAGGGUUCAACAAUAAUAUGCUGGAUCCCAAGCAGUCUGCUGAUUUUACUUGUAAUGGCUAAAAAGAACGCAUAUCGUUCAAUUGAGUAACUGCUGUAUAAAUUCAUGCCUCAAAGUUAGUUGGGUGAGAGUAGAGGCAACAUCGCUUUACAUGAAUGCAUGGGAGUGAAACAGUCUGAAGUUUUUUGCCGAAAACGACAGGGAAACCUGUUUUAUAAAAGGCUUACUAAACUACUUCAAACCGCCGUGUGCUUAUAUCUGGACCUUUAGGCCUCCAUUAGUUAUUUGAAAUUGUGGUAAUCUCAUACAAAUUACAGGAUUGAUCAUACUUCCGUUUUACAAUUUUAUAAAAUAUUCCAGUGCUAUUAACUAUGUCGAUGCUUUACACAGAAAUAAAGUUUCUUCAAAUGUACGUUUUAGUAAUUUUUGAUUUGUUUUAUGUUACACGUUCCUAAAAUUGAACUGACCGCAAAUAUUUAUUGCACAAAAAGGGAACUAGAAUAUUUUUCUUUCCAACCUCGGUUUGGUUCGCAGUUAUUUGAAU